AGUUGCCAUCCAACUGUGAAUGGAUUCACUCGCGUGGUCCUUAAAGGGUUCACCACAGCGCAGAAAUCGCGAUCUCUGAGGGAUUUGAUACACAGGACACCUUGUCGUGGAAGGGUUCCAAGUUGGACAAAUAAAAAAGACACAUUCAGUGCCAAUAAUUUCAUCAAGUCGUUGAAAGGUCCAUGCGGUACCGAUUUCCCCCAGACUCACCUUCUGUACUCGCGCCUUGGGGAAAAAAAGUAUUCGGUUAGGUUUGAAGCUUUCAUGUGAAAAGUUACAAACAUUCGCCAGUGAUUGAGUGCAUUUGACCGUUGGUUAAAUAUUAAAUGAGUAUAGUGUGGUGCUUUUGUGAGGAUUUUUUUUUCUGUUCACGUGAAAAUGACCCAAGUUCUAACUAGGAAUGUUUGUCCAGUGUGGUGUAACUACGAAAAUAUAGUUAUUUCAUGCAAAUCACAUCACUAACUCGUGCUAUCAUUUACUCUCCAGAAUUGAUCCAGUUUUUUUCUUCUGGGUUUUUGUUUUAACCAUCUGGACAAAAAAUAUAGAGUCCAGUGCUGUUUUUUCGUGGCUAUGCUUCCUCGAAAAAUGCUUCAAACCGUGCGUUCCAUUGUGAUUUUGUUGGAAAUAGAGGAGCAUUAAGGACAUUAUUUCUGGGAAAUUCAUCACAAUUGUGAAAGAGUGGUAUAACUUUCGUCUCACGGAAUUGAUGAAAAAGCUUUGGUGAAUUGGCCAAAGGCACAAAGCUCAGCUGAAAAGUUUCUGUUGGAACAAGUAAAAAAAAAAAGAAACGAAGACGAAAGUGAAGAACAAAGCUGGAAGUUAAAGGAACACAAGAAAGUGCCGGUGAAUUCAAAUCCAAAGCUUGAGAGUGAAGAAGUUUUCCAGGUGUGAGAGAUGAGGUGAUAAAAUCGAUACUGUGAUGUGCUGUGAUUGGGCUGAAGCAUUGUAAAGAUAAAAUAUGAAAAUAAGUGACCGGAAAAUGUAUUGUACGGUGAAAUCCAUUUGCACUCAGUUCGAAGCACUCGAGUCUUGCUAGAAACUGCCACAUCUUCCUUCCACAACCACCAAGCACCCCACUAUCAUCCUCAAAUGGUGAACGGAGUGGCGCCCACGAUGGCGCCAUGUGUUCUUGGGCUGCUGCUCCUGGCAUUCAAUACAGGUAGCUUGGCAACUGGCUCGCGGAGAUUCCUCACGGACUUCCUGCAGGAGUGGCCAACGCCCGGAACUGGCCCAUAUUUUGACACAUCAGUUCCAUCCAACAUCACUGGACUCGUUGGCAAGACUGUUCAUCUAGUGUGUAAAGUGAAAAACCUGGGAAAUCGAACGGUUUCCUGGGUGAGGCACAGAGAUAUUCACCUGUUAACUGUCGGACGGUACACCUAUACCUCUGAUCAGCGUUUCGAGGCUAUGCACUCGCCUCAUGCCGAAGAGUGGACUCUUAGGAUUAGGUACGCCCAGCGGAAGGAUUCCGGCAUUUAUGAGUGUCAAAUCUCCACAACUCCUCCCAUGGGCCAUCCAGUGUUCCUCAAUGUUGUUGAACCCAUUACGGAAAUUAUUGGUGGGCACGACCUGUUUAUCAACAAGGAUUCAACGAUAAAUCUAACAUGUGUAGUGCGUUAUGCUCCGGAACCGCCACCGGCGAUGAUUUGGUCACACAAUCGUGAGGUGAUAAACUUCGAUUCACCCAGAGGCGGAAUAUCUCUGGUGACGGAGAAAGGACCACUCACAACUAGCCGAUUGCUCGUCCAAAAAGCCUCCCAGAUAGACUCAGGGCUCUACACAUGUGCCCCCUCAAAUGCCAAUCCGUCGUCAGUUCGCGUCCACAUCCUCAAUGAACAUCCAGCUGCAAUGCAUCACGGCGUGUCGAUGAAGCUCCGUGGUCCAGAUGCUGCCACACUCCUCCUCGUGGCUGUCUUCUUCACGAGCAUCCGGUGGAAAUGGGACUGUUGGCGACACUCUCACCUCCAUAUAUAGCUACCGUCUCUCAGCAGGGCGAAAUGCUAAUGGAGCCGCCGGAAGGUGGUAUGGCACUGAAUUAGCAUUAAUGAUAGACCGUCUGACACGCUUCUAAAUUAUUCAGUUCGACUGGAGAUGGACUCGAGUCUGGGAAUCAGGACAAAGAAAAAUCCCCGACUUUCACUUAGGAAUUUUUCGAAUUUAAGCAAAUAUUUGUCCGAUGUAUAUUAUAUAUACAGAGGCAUUUAAUGCCGAAAGCAUCGCCAACGAUCUUGAUCUGAUGAAUCAGGCGAUUUUUGUUCCCAUCGGCAAACUCUCAUCCCCUUCCCUGGCCAUACAAUACUGCUAAAGUUUUCCCAGUAGGAGAAAAUUGCAGAGGUUUGAGGGAGGAUUUUUUUUCUGCUAGCCAUCUCACUUUUCAUUCAGUUCCAAAAGUAAAAAAAAAAAGAAGCAUAAUCCUAUUACGAAGUGGAAACCCAGUUUGGAGUACACCCAAAUGCAUACACAAUACCGGGGGAGAGUGUGGUAAAUUAGAGCUGAGCAAGGUUCAGGGGAGAAAAUUUACAUAAUUUAUUUUUAGACCAUUCUAUAGACUCUGCCUGGAUGUUACAUGGAUUUACAAGUUGUGUAAACACAAUAUAACUAACCGUGGUAGCUUCACACAAAAGACAACCCAGGAAAAUCCUUUUGAAGUGAUCCCCCUUCCAAUCUUAGCAAUUUUACCGCCCAUUUUGGUAGGGUGCAAAAUCCCAGGGUGCAAAAAAAAAGAAGUGGACAAAAGUAGAUGAGAAAAAUCAAAUAAACAAGACACAUGUGGUGUCAAAUGUAGAGUUUGAUAAAACACGAGGAUUCAAAACUUUUCCCGAUAGCAAUGCGCUUCAAGUUCUGGGGAAACUUCGAAGCAAAAGCUCAAAACUCACAAAGUCCCUCUUGACCAAAUCUUACACCUAUCCGCAUCCAAAAGUCUCUCGUCACAUCGAAUUUAUCAUCUUGCACAAGAGCUCAAUUCCACUUUCUAGGUCGUUCUUGGUUCUGAAAGAACAAGUAGAGACGACAAUACGUGAAGACUAAUUGUCCCCCAGGGGAUUUCGCAGCCAGGUGUGGUUAAAUCUGGAAAAGCGCACAGAUUUAGUCACUAAAGGGAAUUAAAGAUUAGAUUAUUAUGCUUUAACCUGAAAGUAAACCUUAUUUCACAGCAUUAUGAAUUUUUGAAUAAAACCUCUGAAUUUAGAGAUAAAUCCCUAAGCUGUACAUCUUCAAAUUGUCCUUUGUAGGUUUAUCGUUAUUCUCUUAUAAAAAUAAA